AUGUCGUGUGCGCCUACGACCGAGUGCGCUUACGCACCUGUUGUUGAGAUUCGCAAGCACGCACAGUUUGACGGCGGCGGCGCACAGAUCUGCGGGGUACUACAACGUUACCAGCCAUUUCUCGAACGAGUGGAGAAUGCUCCCCAUCGACGACUCUCGCUGUUGUACUUCCACGCACAUCUUGACGCUGAUCCAGCUCCAGCGCUAGUACUGCAUCUUGCGAGUCAGCUUCCGUUUUGGUUGAUGACCCACCGUGCUCAACUUGAUAACGUGGCUGCGGAACCUGAGGGGCGGGAGCGCUCGAUUGAAUACUGCUUGUUGAUGCCACGCAAGUUCUUGGUGGUAUAA